GAGAGCGGGCAGCCUGAGAGAUUCUUCUAGGGAACCGGUGCUGAGACCUUUCCACCAUGGCACCCAAGAAAGCCAAGAAGAGAGCAGAGGGCGCCAAUUCCAAUGUGUUCUCUAUGUUUGAACAGACCCAGAUCCAGGAAUUUAAGGAGGCCUUCACCAUCAUGGACCAGAACAGGGACGGCUUCAUCGACAAGAAUGACCUGAGGGACACCUUUGCUGCCCUUGGACGUGUGAACGUGAAAAAUGAGGAAAUCGAUGACAUGAUAAAGGAAGCUCCAGGUCCCAUUAACUUCACGGUGUUCCUAACGAUGUUCGGGGAGAAACUUAAGGGGGCAGACCCCGAGGAGACCAUUCUCAACGCGUUCAAAGUGUUUGACCCUGAAGGCAAAGGGGUGUUGAAGGCUGACUACAUUAAGGAGAUGCUGACCACGCAGGCAGAGAGAUUUUCCAAGGAGGAGAUUGACCAGAUGUUUGCCGCCUUCCCUCCUGAUGUGACUGGCAACUUGGACUAUAAGAACCUGGUGCACAUCAUCACCCAUGGAGAAGAAAAGGACUAAGCGGGGGGCUCACCACCCCACCUGGGCUUGUCUUUGCCGGGAGGACGGUACCUGCUCUCCUCUCACUGGGCCCAGGAAAGCCGCCACCCUCGCCCCUGGCCUGUUAGCUGUGUGGCUGCCUCGUGUGUCUACCUCCAUCUACUUUGCAGCCCAGGUGGUGUGUCAAUACCACGUGACCACACAUCCUGCAGAUGGAAAUCCACGCAGAGGCCUUGUUCAAAUAAACAGGAGGUCAUGUAUU